GCUGCCAAGAUGGCGGCGUCCGCGUGGCGGCGCCUGUCUCGGGGCCGGUGGUCCGCCGCCCCGGGCCGGCGUGCGGCGCACUCGGGCGCGCAGGGAUUCCUGGCGGCGCAGAGGAGCCGGGGCCUGUUCAAGGAGUUCUUCCCGGAGCGGGGCACGCGGGUGGAGCUCACCGAGCUCUUCGCGGCGGGCGCCCCUCCGCAGACCGUGUACUGCGGCUUCGACCCCACGGCGGACUCGCUGCACGUGGGGCACCUGCUGCCGCUGCUGGGCCUCUUCCACUUCCAGCGCGUGGGCCACGACGCCAUCGCCCUGGUGGGCGGCGCCACGGCGCGCCUGGGGGACCCGAGCGGCCGGCAGCGCGCGCGCGAGGCCCUGAGCGCCGAGCGCGUGCGAGCCAACGCGCAGGCGCUGCGCCGCGGCCUGUGCGCCCUGGCCGAGCGCCACCAGCGGCUCUUCGCUGACGGCCGCGCCUGGGGCCGCUUCACCGUGCUGGACAACACGGCCUGGCACGAGCCGCGGGGCCUGGUGGACUUCCUGGCCACGGAGGGCAGCCACUUCCGCGUGGGCACGCUGCUGAGCCGGCAGAGCGUGCAGAGCCGCCUCCGGAGCCCCGAGGGCAUGAGCCUGGCCGAGUUCUGUUACCAGGUGCUGCAGGCCUACGACUUCUACCACCUGUUCCGCCUGCACGGCUGCCGCGUGCAGCUCGGCGGGGCCGACCAGCUGGGCAACAUGGUGUCGGGGUACGAGUUCGUCCGCAGGGUGACUGGAGAAGACGUGUUUGGAAUCACGGUCCCUCUGAUUACCAGCACAGCGGGAGCAAAGCUAGGAAAAUCAGCUGGCAAUGCCCUGUGGCUGAACAGAGACAGAACCUCUCCUUUUGAAUUGUAUCAAUUCUUUGUCAGACAGCAAGAUGAUUGUGUAGAAAGGUACCUGAAGCUCUUCACUUUUCUGCCCCUUCCAGAGAUCGAUCACAUUAUGCAGCUGCACACCACAGAACCAGAAAAGCGAGGUGCUCAGAAACGACUUGCUGCAGAAGUGACAAAGCUGGUUCAUGGACAGGAAGGACUGGAUUCUGCCAAGAGGUGUACGCAUGCCCUGUAUAAUAGCAGCAUCGAUGCACUGGAGGUCAUGUCGGAUGAAGAGUUAAAAGAGUUGUUUAAAGAAGCUUCCUUUUCAGAGUUAGUUCUUGACCCUGGAACAAGUGUCCUGGACACGUGUCGCAAAGCAAAAGCCAUUCCGGAUGGUCCCCGGGGGUAUCGGAUGAUAACAGAAGGCGGAGUCAGUAUCAACCACAGACCAGUAACAAAUCCUGAGUGUGUUUUAGUUGUUGGACAACAUAUUCUUAAGAAUGGACUUUCUUUACUUAAAAUAGGGAAAAGAAAUUUCUACAUUAUAAAGUGGCUUCAGUUAUAAAAAUUUUGUUUUUGGCUGUUCAGACGUGCUCAUCCUGAGACUUGAAUUCAGGGCCUGGGAGCUGUCCCUAAACGUUUUGUUCAAGUCUCAUGCCUUACCACUUGGACUACAGGUCUGUUUACUAUGUGAUUAAUUAGAAAUGAGUCUCAUGGACUUUCCUUCCUGGGCUGGCUUCAAGCAUGAUCCUCAGAUCUCAGA